AUGGCCGAUAGCACUUUUGUCGGUGACGAUGACGUGCAUGAGGGUUCGACGUGCAGGGGAGUGUGGGACUCCGUCGUGGUGUUCGGGACGGUCUUACCCACUAAAAUCCCUCCUGUGGCUAUCAGUACUACCCAGGAACUGCAAAUAUGGUCUUCGGCCCAGAUUGGUGCCGCAUAUAGUAAAAUCGACUGCACCACCGCGUAUAGUAUUCUUUUUUUGUGUCAGAUAAACCAUUUACGUUAUUGUCUAAAGUCAAACCAAUGUUGUGUCAAAGUACCUAAAACAAGAAAAUUUUUACAGUUCGAAAAUCAUUCUUACAAAGAAAAAGUUCCUUUUGUUAUAUAUGCAGAUUUAGAAAGGAUUUUUGAAAAACCAUCUGCAUCAGACAGUAAUAAUUGUUUUACAAAUUCUAAUUCUGUGAUAUAUCAAAACCAUGUUGCAUUUAGCGUAGCUUAUUAUCUAAAGUGCUCUUUCAACGAUUCAUUCUCUAAAUUUAAUAUUUAUCGUGGCAAAGAUUGCAUACAAUGGUUUGUUGAAGAAUUGCAUGAAAUUUCACUAUUUUGUAAUGAACAGCUUGAAAUAAUUUUACCUAUGACGACAACAACAGCUUCAACAACAACAACAAAUGAUAAGUGUCACAUCUGCAAACAAACAUUUCACUCAAAUCAAAUUAAAGUACGAGAUCAUAAUCAUCAAACUGGAAAGUUUCGUGGAUUUGCACAUCAGGCUUGUAACCUAAAUUACAAAGAUGCUCAUUACAUCCCUGUUGUUUUUCAUAACUUAAGUGGAUAUGAGGCUCACUUUAUAAUUAAAGAACUAUCAACACAGUUUCAAGGAACAAUCAAGUUACUUCCUAUUAAUAAAGAAAAAUAUAUUUCUUUUACUAAAUAUGUUACAGGCACAAACGUUUCUUUACGAUUUGUUGCUUCGUUUCGUUUCAUGUCUCAAGCUUUAGGAAAACUUCCAUCAAACUUACAAAACAAUCAAAAAUCUAUAACUAAAUUAUUUUGUAAUACGGAACAAGAAUUUUUGUUAUUAACCAAAAAAGGUGUAUUUCCAUAUGAUUACAUUGAUUCAUUUGAACGUUUAGAAGAAACCAGUUUACCUUGUAAAGAAGCGUUUUACAGUGAACUUAAUGAAGAACCCAUAAGUGACAGCGACCAUUAUCAUGCUAAAAAAGUCUGGGAUUGCUUUCAUAUUAAAACAAUUGGAGAGUAUACUGACUUGUACUUAAAAACUGAUGUGCUUUUACUUGCUGAUGUUUUUGAAGCUUUUCGUGAUACAUGUAAAAAAACAUAUGAUUUAGAUCCUUUACAUUAUUACACCGCUCCUGGUCUUACAUUCGAUGCGAUGCUCAAAACUACAAAUAUAAUAUUAGAACGUUUGAUAGAUAUUGAUCAAAUAUUAUUUAUAGAAAAAGGGAUAAGAGGUGGUGUAUCACAGUGUUCAAACAGAUAUGCAAAAGCUAAUAACAAAUACAUGAAAGAACAUUUUAAUCCAAAUUUAGACAGCAAGUACUUAAUGUAUUUUGAUGUAAAUAAUUUAUAUGGUGCAGCAAUGUCAGAAUAUUUGCCGUAUGGUAAAUUUGACUUUCUAGAAAUUUUCAACAUUCAACAAAUAUUAAAUACAGCUAAUACUUCGGAUGUUGGUUACAUAAUUGAAUGUGAUUUAGAUUAUCCUAUUUACCUACAUAAUCUGCAUAGCGAUUUACCACUGGCACCUGAACAUAUGGUGCCACCAAAUUCUACAUCUAAAAUUAAAAAACUGCUCUUAACAUUGUUUCCAAAGAGGAACUAUAUUAUUCAUUAUAGAAAUUUAAAAAUGUACUUAGAACUGGGAAUGAAAUUGACUAAGGUUCACAAAGUUUUAAAAUUUAAACAAUCACCUUGGCUUAAACAAUAUAUUGACUUGAAUACUAAACUUAGACAACAGGCUAAAAAUGAUUUUGAAAAAGAUUUUUAUAAAUUAAUGAUUAAUGCUAUUUAUGGUAAAUGUAUGGAGAAUGUUAGAAAACAUAGAGAUAUUCGAUUGGUAACGAAAUGGGAUGGUGGACGCUGGGGAUUGCGCUCAUUGAUUUCAAAACCUAAUUUUCAUAGCUCGAUUAUUUUUGAUGAAAAUAUUGUUGUUGUUGAAAUGAAUAAAUUAGAAGUUUAUUUGAAUAAACCUAUAUAUGUUGGUUUUAGUAUUUUGGAUAUUUCAAAAAUCUUUAUAUCAUUUUCAUUAUAACUAUAUUAUUAAAACCUUUCAAACCUCUGCAAAAUUACUUUACACCGAUACUGACAGUUUAAUUUAUGAAUUUAAAGUUGAUGACGUAUAUCAAUAUAUCAAAAAUGAUUUUCACCUUUUUGAUACCUCAGAUUAUGAUGUUAACAAUGUUUAUAAUAUUAUACAAAGAAACAAAAAAGUACCCGGUCUUAUGAAAGAUGAAAACAAUGGUAAAAUUAUGCUAGAACUUGUUGGUUUAAGAUCAAAAAUGUAUGCUUACACUGUUGAUGAUAAUAAAUCAAAAGAGCAUUUAGUUAAAAAAUCAAAAGGAUCUACAAAAUCCUCAAUAAAAGCUAUAACUUUUAAUGAUUAUAAAAAUUGUUUAUUUGAUCAAACAAUUUUUAAAAAGUACAAAAAUUAAUAAGAUCUAAAAAUCACAAGGUCUCAUCUGUAAAACAGAAAAAAAUUGUUUUAAGUCCAUUUGAUGAUAAACGUACUGUUAAUUUUGAUACAACUGACACUAAGCCUUGGCGCUACAUGUACCAACGUAAGCAAAUAAUGGAAGGGAUAUUAACUACAAAAUAAGUGCUAACCAGUGUUUUCAAGAUGGAGCUUUUGUUACAAAUCAAAAUCGAGGCCCAAGAUGCUCUUCAGAAAAUUUACGUAAAACAUUUGUAUAACCUGAUCCUGUAUGAAGACACUCACCAAACAAAACUUAAUCUUUUUACUUUAAUGAGCCGGGAAGACUUUAUUGUUCCAAGUGAAAUUUUUGUGAAGAUGCCUGUUUACAUCAAGAAUAUUGAUGUUGAUAUAUUUGUAAAACUAUUACAGAAAAGAAAAUUUUUGGAUAAGUAUGUACACACAUUUAUCGAUGUCUGUAGAAAUAUUCCAAAAUCUAUUCUUUGUUAACUGCUUAUGGUUUACAAAAGAAUGUAUCACAUAUUUAUUAUCUCUUAAAUUUAUUGUCUAACCACAAUUUGCAAAAUAUUUGUUCAAAGGAAUUUCCAUUGUUAAAUAUUUUGCAAUUCCAUAAAACUGUUUUAUCAUGCUUUGAUCAAUUUGUAUGUAAUGUUGCAUACUUAGCAACUUUAAGCCUGUUGACAUUAUUAUCUAUUCAAUAAAACACUUUAUUACUUUUA